AAAAUCCCCACAAUUUCAAAGCAAACAUAAAAAGAAAAAAAAAAAAAGACCAAUUGCUCUGCUUUCUUCUACUUCUUUUCACACUUUUCUCUUCAACUUGAACAUUGUUACAAACAAAAAUAACUUGUGAUUCGAGUGAAAAACAAACACAUGGAAUCCUUGAAUUUCGACAACAUCAAAACGGAGAAAGCAAACGCUAUACUGAAGUAUAAAAAGCGUCAAAGAAUGACAACUUUGUUUCGAUUCAUCGAAUUCUGCAUAUUUUUGGUCAUAAUCUCAAGAUUUUCCACUCAAUUGCCACUCGAUUUCAAGUUCUCGACAGAGUAUUUCAAGGGACUUGGUGUCACCCUUAUUAGUCCCCGAUUCGUCUUCGUUCUUGGAAACGUGAUUGUUAUCAUCCUCUUCUUGAAAUCAGGACAGUCAUCUGCUAAAGAUGUUUCGACAGACAACGUUAAAAUCGAUUUGUACCAUGAGUACAAGCAAAAAUGUUCAAUAAACAAAGAGACUUAUUGUGAUCAGAGCAAAAAACAGAGGAAACAGAGCAUUUUGGUACAAGAUACUUGUUGUGAACAGAGCAAAAAACAAAGGAAACAGAGCAUUUUGUUAAAAGAUACUUGUUGUGAACAGAGCAAGAAACAGAGGAAACAGAGUAUUUUGGUGGAAAGACAACUAGUAAAGAAAAUUCAUCGUAGCCACUCGGAGAACUCUAUAAGUUUGUCCCAAGAUGAGAAAAAACCUAGAAGAGAAUUGAUCCGGUCAGCUACAGUAGGAUGUCGGAAAGUUACAAAUACUGACAGUGUAAAACCAACUAUGACGAUAACAAUUGCCUCAUAUCCAGAGGACGAGAUGAGCAGUGACGAAUUCAGGAAAACUGUUGAGAAUUUCAUAGCAAGACAACAGAGAUUGUUGAGGGAAGAAGAGUUUUCAGCUGUUGAUUCUUAUGAAUCAUAGCCUAUCAAUUAGUUCAUGUACUAGUUUUUGCUCUCUCCCUUUGUAAACUCUUUUUUUUUUUUUUUUUUUCCUUUUUAUGUUUUUAAGAAAAGCAUAUACAUAGUACCCCCCAAGUUCUUAGGCCCUCCUCCAUAUUGCUGGCUUGUUACAAUAGAUAUGUAUAGUAAUAUAUAUAGUGAUGAAAAUAUGGGAGGUUUUUGCAAAUGUUACUUUGCCUAA